CACCGGAGGAGAGGCAGAGGCGGCGCAGCUGCGAGCGUUUCCUCCUCUGGAAGGGCCAGAGCUGGAGGCGUGGAGUGGCCAGCCGUCUGCCUCCGGCUCUCCAGUCUGUCUUGCAGAGCUUUCUCGGUGAGGAAGGGAAGGGAUCCUCUACAGCCCAGGGCUCGGACGCUCAGGACACCCCCAGGCCGGGCCUUUGCGGGUGGGGACGCCUGGCCAUGGCCUUCGCCAUGCUGCGACCGGUGGCCGCCCACGUGCUGUACCCCGAUCUCAGCCUCCUGUCCGAGGAGGAGGAGGAGGACCGCAGCGAGAGCGAGGCCUCCGACCAGUCCUACGGCUGCUGCGAGGGGCACCCCAAGGCGGCCCACCAGCCCGGCCCGGUGGUGGUGGUGAAGCAGAGGCAGGCGGCCAACGCCCGCGAGAGGGACCGGACCCAGAGCGUCAACACGGCCUUCACGGCCCUGCGCACCCUCAUCCCCACCGAGCCCGUCGACCGGAAGCUCUCCAAGAUCGAGACCCUCCGCCUCGCCUCCAGCUACAUCUCCCACCUGGCCAACGUCCUCCUCCUGGGCGAGGGCUGCGAGGAUGGGCAGCCCUGCUUCCGGGCCCUCUACGGCGCCAAGGGGGAACGGGAGGCCAAGCAACCCCGGAGCAUUUGCACUUUCUGCCUCAGCAACCAGAGGAAGGGGGGCAGCCGGCGGGAACUUGGCAGCGGGAACUGCCUGAAGGCAAGAGGGGUGAACCAGUUGAAGGUUCUGCGGAGAUGA